AUGACUGACUUAGAUAAAUAUCAGGAUGUUAUUGAGGAAGACUUUUCUAGUUUGCUGCCAUUUGUCAUCGAGGAAGAUUUCUCUUGUUCAGUUGCUUCAGAUUUUGAAAUUGACGCUGAAAACUCAGAUGUUGUUGGUCAGGGUGCACUUACAUCAGUUGAGAAUUUACCUAUAAGAAAAAGGAAACGGACAAAAAAUGUUCAGAAAAAUCCACAUCCAAAGAGGGGCAAGCUUGAAGUUCAAGAUGCUACAGUAAAGAAAGUUUAUUUGUCUCUAUGUUGUCAGUUACACUGUCUGAACAGCUUCACUGCAGAAGAGAUAAUGGAUGCUAGAAAAGCCUUCUGGUCAAAAAGUCGACAGAGUCAGAGAAGAUUUAUUUACAAGGGUCUACGUUCAAGAAUCAACACGCAGUUCAUUGUAGAUGGCCGCAGGCUUUGUGAGAGUGGUUGGUGUUUAUUGUAUGGAGUAAAAGACAGAAGAUUUAGAGCUAUCAAGGCAGAACUGUCCAAAGGUACAGCACCAAGCAGUGAUACAAAGAUGCUGGUGUCCCCAUCAAAGAGGUAUCUGAUAGCGAAGACAUGGCUGGGCGAUUACGUCAGGUUAUUAUCAGAUAAACAACCUAAUAAAGAGGAGCGCCAUUUGCCAAGUUGCCUUACGAAAGAAUGGAUUCAUAAACUGUACGCUGAAAAUACCACAAAAGCUCAAGAAAUCCCACUUGGACAGUCUGCAUUCAAAGAGAUGUGGCUAACAGAAUUUCCGGAUGUAAAGAUAUCAAAGGGAAAAGGUAGUCAUUUCCAGUGCACACACUGUAACAACUAUACAACAACUCUUGUAAAUCAGGACAUCGGAAAGACAACAGAAGGAGUGGUGUUAGACAUGAGGACAGAGCAUCUGGAACUACAGACCGAGUGUAGACAGAAGUACUAUAAACAUAUUAAAAAGUCGAGACUGAAUCCAGAGAAGUACAUAAGUGUAAUUAUUGACAAUAUGGACUCUGGGAAGACAAAAUUGCCAAGAUACACAUCUAAUGUUAAGGCAGAUGCCUCUUUAAGUACAAUGCAACAUCAUCUUACUGGAGUAAAGUGCCAUGGACAAGGAAGAACUUAUGUGUACUCAUGGACAGACGCUUUAAAGUGUGACUGCAAUAUUACCAUCAACUGCUUAAUGCAUGUUCUUCUUGAUAUAAGCAAGGAACAUGACUGUAUGCCAGAGACCCUCUAUAUACAAGCAGACAAUAGUGGGAAAGAUAAUAAGAAUAACUAUGUGUUGUUGUUCCUGGCCCACCUUGUGUACAUUGGUAUAUUUAAGAAGAUCAAGCUGAAUUUCCUAAUGGUGGGGCAUACGCAUGAAGAUAUAGAUGCUGUGUUUAGUAGAGUUGGAAAAAGAUUAAAGCUAAAAGACGCCCCAACUUUACCGAAACUGCAUCAUGCAGUUAGACAAUGUAUGGAUCCUGCACCGAUUGUUAACCAUCUUUCAAGUGUGUGGGAUUUCAGGGCCAAAUGUCUGAGUAGUUCUAUCUCUUACUCUGGAUUCCAAGGUGUGCACCAUUUCACCUUCAAGAUGAAGGAAGGAAGGUUGAAGAUGCUGUACAAGGACUGGCCAUCAGAUAGUUACUCGGUACUGGAUAUGACGGAGAAUGUGGCCAGUCUUGAUUUUGACUAUUUGGUAAAUGCAGAAAUUAACGAAAAGGUAGUGUCAGUAAUCUCAAGCAUGGAAGCAGAUCUUCCAAAGUACUCGCAAGCAGGUCGUAUGGAGGAUGAAGACCAAAAAUGGUGGGAAACCUAUCUGAAAGGUAUUGAACGAGCUGCCAGAAUGGCCCCCAUCAUACCUCGUAUUGCUGAGCUACCUAAAUUCAGUUCGGUACAGGAGACAGAGACAGGGUCAAACACACUGUCGGCCAUGAGGGAGCAUCAAAGGAAACUGAAACAGAAAUCGGUGAUAAAGGCCUCAAAAAGAAGAUCAUGAAUGUGAUGUAUUACACUGUGUAAACUGGACAUUUUGACAGUCUUGCAGACAGCUCUGCAUUCUUAUAAAUGAGUUCAGUUGUCCGUGUGUUGAUAAGUAUUAAAUACCUGGUAUAAUAUUUUGGACCACAAGAUGUUUGAAAUUCUAUACAUAUUUCUGUAUAAGAUAUUAUUUCAAAUACAAAUACAUGUACAUUCAGUCGAGAAAACUUGUUAUAACAUAUACAUAACUUCAUUGGUUCAGAGAUGGUAUUUCAAAAUUUUCCAUUAAUCUAGUUAAUUAAAAAUCCAACAAUAAAAGAUUUUUCUCCAGUGUCUUUACCAAGUUAACAGUUUAGCCAGCUGCUCAUUUUUGAAUCCCCCUUUGCCCACCAAUGAGUGGUGACGGCAUAUAGAUGUGAUCUUGUCAAUAUAUUUCAUAUAAAUUGAUGAAACCUUGCAGGAGUAUUUAUCAUGAUAUGAACUUGCACAUCUACUUUUCUUCUGCCUCCGCCCUUAAUUCCAGAGUAAUGGCUUCUGAAACAGUAAAAGAUACACAUUUUCACCUUGUGACAUGUCUCGCCCAAAAAGUGUUUCAGACUGCCUGCUUAGCUCAGUAGGGAGAGCGAUGGUCUACGGAUCACUGGUUUGAUCCUGGAGCGGGGCAUAUGUUCUCCGUGACAAUUUGAUAAAAGACACUGUGUCUGACAUCAUUUAUCCUCCGCCUCUGAUAAUUCAUGUGGGGAAGUUGGCAGUUACUUGUGGAGAACAGGGGUCAGUUGUUCGAAACUUUAACCAGCUGUUAAACUAACUGGUUUAGGCUUUACCCCCCUUAAGACUUGAAACAUUGAAUUAUUGUCACUUAAUUGUGACAGAUUUAUUAGUGGGGAUACACCCUGUGUCAAACAUACACAUUCUAGUUUAAUAUAAAUAUGCAUGCAUUUACAAGGAUAAAUUACUCCUGCAUCAUUUUUAAUGCCUUUCUUCAAGAAAGGUUGAUAAGAGACAUUGUGUUUUAAUUGCUUAUUAGCAUAAAUUUAUAAUACUGUUCAUUGCAUGCCAUGCACAAUAUAGAAUGGCAUUGAAAAGGAGAAGCUGUUUGGACUAUAUUAGAAAUUAUGAUUUAGUUGGCAAUUGAUAAUGAAAGGUACUUUAAAGUACAGAAUAGAAAAUAAAAAGAGAAUGUGUAAAUUGUAAAUCAUCCUUCCUAAAGUGACUUGCAGACUUUAGUCACGUUGUGUACAUUUCUGUGACCCUGAUCAAUGGAGAACAUCUGUGUAGCUGUA